CGCAGUUUGAAAAUAAGUUCAAAAGGUUUUUUCUUUUUUUAUUCUAUUUUAUUUUUUUUCUUUCUUUCUUAUCUUUUUCUCUCAACUCCGUUUCCGAAAGGAAAUCAAUAUGAAGUUAAUAAGCAAGUCUAUAGAUAAAGAUGAAUCUGGUUCAGUGACAUUGUUACCUGAAGAAUUGGAAGAUAUGUGGCAUGUCUAUAAUCUUAUUGCAAAGGACGAUAUGAUCAAAGCAACUACUAUAAGACGACUUCAGUCCGAAAGUUCUACUGGAUCUACUUCAAGUCAACGUAUUAGAUUAACUUUGACUAUCACAGUAGAAACUGUUGACUUUGAUCCUCAAGUGGGUUUAUUACGUAUCAAUGGUCGUGUAUCAAGUGAAAAUGCUCAUGUUAAGAUGGGAAGUUAUCAUACAAUCGACUUGGAAUUAAAUCGAAAUUUUACUUUAUUGAAACCAAAGUGGGAUGUAAUCGCUUUAGAACGUGUAGAAGAUGCAUGUGAUGUCACUAAAAAUGCUGAAGUAGUAGCUAUUGUAUGUCAAGAAGGUUUAGCCAAUCUUUGCUUUUUGACUCAACAUAUGACGGUUGUCAAACAAAGAAUAGAAAUGCCAAUUCCAAGAAAACGAAAAGGUUCUGUUACUAAUCAUGAAAAAGGUCUUACUCGAUUCUAUGAUCAAAUUUAUCAAGCCUUAAUACGAACAGUUGAUCUAUCUUUUAUUAAGGCCAUUAUUCUUGCUAGUCCUGGAUUUGUCAAGGAUCAAUUAUAUGAUUAUAUUUUUGAUCAAGCAGUGAAAACCGACAACAAAGCAUUAUUUGAAAACAAGUACAAGUUUAUUCAAAUUCAUAGUUCAAGUGGACAUAAACAUGCAUUAAAUGAAGUGAUGCAAGAUCCAGCGAUUUUAGCCAGAUUAGCGGAUACUAAGGCAGCACGGGAAGUACAAGCUUUGGAUGCGUUUUAUCAAAUGUUGAAUACGGAUGCAGAUAGGGCGUUUUAUGGAUAUGAUCAUGUUGCCAAAGCACAUGAACGUGGUGCUAUUGGUACAUUAUUGGUUACGGAUGAAUUAUUUAGAUCGGCAGAUAUGGAUACUCGUAAGAAAUAUGUUACUUUGGUAGAACAAGUCAGAGAAGCUGGUGGAAAAGUAUUUGUAUUUUCAAGUUUACAUGUAUCUGGUGAACAAUUAAAUCAAUUGACUGGUGUAGCUGCUAUUUUGACCUUCCCAUUACCAGAUAUUGAAGAUGAUGAAGAUUAAAAAAAAGUAUAUAUAUUAUUAUUAUUAUUAUUA